AUGGGAAACCCGGCAAGGGCUGCCUCAUCGGCCACAGAACGUGCCCUGAAGAUCGUGGAGAGGUCGUCACGAGUGCGCCUGCAAGAUCUAAGGGACAACCUUGGCGCUCGCACUGAGGGGCGCCAGCAGACGAAUGUUCAUAACCAGCAUGGUCACACAAUCGGGCAACUACAACACGCAGCGAAGCCGCCAUUAGGAUGGAUUUGGGGCGACUUCUUCAGACCAUGGCAGCGAAUGUUCCCAGGAACAAAAAACUUCAACGCAGAUAUCAAUUUCCGACGAGAAUACAUCCCGUUGUCUUUGAUCGAAUUGGCACGGCUGAUCGACCUGGGUUGGAUUGACGCUAAAAAGCCAAUCGACGUUGUGGCUCUUUGUGCGACACGCAAGUUCAAGAUCGAGCCCCACCUACGACAAUGUGGCUUCGACUUGACCCCAGAGGGAGCUGACGCCUGGAAGUACCCCGUCGAUAUCGAAGUCCAAUGGGCUAGCCAGAGAGCAAUUGCCGCUGUCGAAGCCGCGGGUGGCCGCAUCAGAACGGCCUAUUACGAUCCGCAGAGCUUGGAGGCAGCAAAGGAUGCAAAGUCUUGGUUCCAAUCAGGACGUCCCGUACCGCGAAGGACUGCACCACCACCGUCGCUCGUUGCCUAUUACACGGACCCAAUUAACAGAGGGUACUUGGCAAAGGAAUCUGACCUGACCGAAGCCAUCAAGCGACUAUCUCUGACUAUGGGCCACCCAGCUCCAGUUUCGAAUUUCGAAUCGAAAGCACCGAACCAGGUCUUCAAUGGGCUCCCUCCAGGCGCGCUCGUCUCGUUGCGGGAUCGCAAAGUGUUGAUGCCAUCAAGCCCUGCCAUUCGCCAGUACUAUGAAGAAGGGCUUCGAACUGAUCGCCCGCACCCA